CUACACCCCCCACAAUGCAUUGCGCAUUCAACAUGGCGCCUCCCGUAACCGUCUGACAUAUGUGAAAAAGACAACAACUGAGAGGAAGGUAAAAAAGUGUCGUGCAGCGAGUCGAUCAUAUUUCACACAGGAGGAUGAAACUGUUGUUGUCGGUGUUCACGCGUCUCCACAAACCUCCCGCUCUCACCGGCGCUCGGCUCAGCUCCGGUGCCCGCGGAGGCCCGGUAGCUGCCGGGGACGAGGCUCUGAUCCGGGGCUCCAGCCCGGAGCUGGUGCGCGGUCUCGGCUCGCAGGUGGAGGUGAGGACGGCCUUCAUCACCGAGGACGAGGAGGGGGCUCUGCUGAGGGAGCUGGAGCCUGAACUCCGGAAGAAACGAUAUGAAUUCAACCACUGGGACGAUGCUAUUCACGGCUACCGGGAGACUGAGCGCGAGAGGUGGGGGGAAGCAUGUGAGAAGGUCUUGAGUCGUGUCCGGUCCGUUGCGUUUUCGGAGGCUUGUUCGCUCCUCGGGCCCAUGCACGUUCUGGAUCUGGACAAGACUGGCUACAUCAAGCCGCAUGUCGACAGCGUCAAGUUUUGUGGCAGCACCAUUGCUGGGUUGAGUCUUCUGUCGGACAGUAUCAUGCGUUUGGUGAGGGAGGAUGCCAAAGGCCAUUGGCUGGACCUUCUGUUGCCCCGACGCUCACUCUAUAUACUGAGGGACCAGGCCCGAUAUGACUUCACCCAUGAGAUCCUGAAAGAUGACGAGUCUGUGUUCAAUGGAGAGAGAGUUCCUCGGCAGCGUCGCAUCUCUGUCAUCUGUCGAAACCUCCCGGACUGACGCACACACUGACUCGACGUGGACAUUCAAAACAGAGCAUAACUUGAAUUUAAAGGAACUGUGUCACUGAUCUCCAUUUUUGAAGAUAUAACUAAAAGUCCUGUUCUAAAGUUUGCUCUGGAGUGAAGUGUUUAUUUUUAUAUUAUACUGAACUAACACACAGAGAGGUAAGUCACACACAAAGUUCUUUGCAUCAAAGCCGCAUAAAAUCUGACUUUGUCUAUAGAUUUUGAUCUUAAAUAAUAAAAUGUAACACGCAGGUGAAUGACAGCCUACCUAAUGGAUGAUAUUUAAUUUAUUGAAAGAGGUAUAUAAACUACAUUUAAAAAUCUUCAGGAAAAGUCACAUGGGCCUAUUUUUGCACCGAUGAUUUUUAAUUUUUAAGUAAGUAACACAUCUGAUGAAAAUAUUAACUAACUUUUACUUUAUGAGUUUCAAAGAAGCAAUCCAUCAUACUAUAAUAAAAAUACAAAAACCUAUAGAGAAAUAAAGCCAGCUGAUAGUCACCUGUAUCAUAUUAAUGAUAAUGAUAUAUUGUAAUUCAAGAUACCACCUGUACUGGACCUAUGAUUGUGCAAGAGACAUACCUGCCCACAUUGGAUUGAUAGGAGCUUCUCACCAAUCAUCUCUCAGUUGAAAACAAUGGAGCAUACUGUGUAAAACAUUUUGAAAACACAGAGUUUCGGGAAGUGCAAGAGCUUGGCAAAUGUCCACUCCCUUGACACCACAGAUAUGAGACUGCGUAAUCAGGCAAUACUGUGUCCAGAAUUAGAAAAUACAUUUGAUUGUUUAGGAACUAGCAGACCCAUAGACUAAAUGAACUGUAGGGGUUUAAAGUGUGACCACAGGAAAGCACACUUCAGAAUAUGAGAUGACAUCAUGCACAGUUGUUGUAUUGAUGGAUUCUGAUUUUUCUCCUUGGCCAAGCUUCAAUAAAUAUUUCAGCAUAAGACGUCAAAGGGCUCCUGAAAACUUUCUUCACUGAUGAGUUGACUGGCAGAUUUAAGAUUUUAUCUUAGAGGCUUAGAGGGGAAUCCAAAAAUAUGAAAACAUUAAUGGGGUUGCAGUAUCUACCAUAUUUUAAGCUGCAUAUCCAUUAACAUCUGUUGUUAAAAGUUUUUCGUUUAUUUUCACCAUUUCAAUGUGUGGAGCUUGGAUCACAUCUCUGUCUGGUCACUGUCAUCACGGCUGUCCUUUGUGGGGAUUUGUUUGUCCAUGUUGCUGCUUAAUGAAGCCAUUAAUGUUUGAAUUGACUUUAUACAAACUUUUAAACUUAAUCAUGUGUCACCUUCAGGAUGAAAUGUUCACUUGUGCUUUGUGCAACUGUCCACAUGCAUUAACCUUUGUUAGACAUCAGUCUCAUAAACCAGUAAAAGUCAUCGUUUCAUUUUCUCUGUUCAAAAAGGCACAGGGAUGAUGUGGGAGGAGUCAGAAAUUGAGUCAUUGGCUUAAAACCCUAUUAUUCAAGGUGAUUCUGGAAGGGGGGGGGGCGUUAGAAUAAACCAGUGAACAAAAGUUAAAAAAACGUGUUGGACAGGAUGAAGGAGGCAUUUUGUGCCUUUAUUGAUGCUCACUCUUUCUUCAGCUCUUGAACACACAGGUAAAGAACAUGAAGUCAUUUGAAAUAUUUAUUUUGUCAUAUUAUCAUCUGCUUUUAGAGAGUACAUGGAUGUAGUACAUUUAUGUUGAUCAGAUUUAUUUAUUCAUUCAUUCAUUUUUGUUGUUAUUUUUUGCAUCUUAGGUCUUUAGGUCUCUAUGUCAAAC